CUUGAAAGCGCCAUUAAUGCAUGCGUGUUGUACCAAUCGGUGACUUCAACACAUGGAAACAAUGUAGGCAUACACUAUUAUACAGACAGACUGCUAGGGGAUAACUAUCUACUAUGACUAAAUAUAUAACGAAGUGAAAAUAGAUUGAUAGAGGGCUGUCUUAUCUGUGUAUUUGAGAGUUCGACUGGUUUGUUUAAUCCAGUUAUGCAAAGAUUGGACAGUCAAUAUGAUGUCAAAUCUGAAUAAAAAAAGAACAUAGCUUGUUCAAAAUAUAGCUAGCUAACUAGGCAAAAUACAACAGUCUAUCAUCACAAAAAUAGCUGUGUGCUAGCCAAAACUCUCAAAUGACCUCAACAUAUCGUAGUUUGAUAACGUUAGCUAAAUAAACCACUGGUUGGGUAACUAGCCAACUUCGUGAAACCAAAUAAAAUGUUAGCUAUAAUCAAAUUAUAUGGGAGAUACUGCUUUAGAAUUCAAAACCGGGUUGAACCAAUGUCUUGCCGGGGAAUCGGGUGUCAUGCUGUCCUUGGCUUGCAAUGUGAAGGCCUACCGUGGCCUACUGCUCAACGGGCGGCGCUUCUACACCUCUCGCUAACCUAGACCUCAACGUUGGCAGCAGCAUGAUGAAGCUCCGCGUGAAAGUUUUCCAUUUAUCUAAUGCCUACCUGACGAAUGACAGAGAGAGAACGUCCGAAAUUUCGGCUGAGACACCGGGAGGAGGAUAACAUGGUGUCUGUAGUGACAGCAACCUGUCGGCGGGAGGGAAUCUCCUCUCCGUAGUACGCCAAAACCUGCCAAAGGCGGAAGCAGUGUGGGAGGUACCAAGAGCCCCAACUAAUGGGGGUUUGAUCAAAGGGAUGUCCCAAAAAGGAUUCACUGUGGAAAAGCUAGUGGCCCGAGUUGAGUCAACUCCGAGGCCACGCCUCUGUUUCUUUUUGAUGCAUUGACAGUAGCUCCAGCUCUCAUCACAUUCAUUUUCAGUGUAUCAACCCGACUCGACUCUACUCAACGCAACAGAUACCUGCAUUUCCAGAGCAGUCUGUGGUCCGUUCAUCUCAUUGUGACUCACUCUAAGGUGUCCCGACACAGCAAUAAAAAGGUUUACAGUGAGCAUGAACCUAAGCCUUCCUGACCAGAACAUGCACAACGCCAGUGACGGCGGUGUGGAGGAUGACAAGGCUGGGCUCAUGAUCCCCUGCUUCCGCAGAAACAUGUACGAUGAGCCUCUAACCUCAUAUUCCAAUGGAUCCAUCAUUUCCCACCUCCUGCGCAAAACUGUCCAAAACAAGAGGGCUCUGGACGAAAGCCACUUCUACCUACCGACCUCGGCUGUGUCCAGCUCCACCAUGGCUGACUCCAGUCAGGAGGACCAGAGCAGUGUCUCCUCCAAGGACAGCGCAGCGGAAUUUGCAUCCCCAGGCAGUCACCUCUCAAACGGAGCCAGCCCUGAGGGGGACAGGCCGCUGAGUGAUCACCUCCAGGCCAAGCGUGCCCGUGUGGAGAACAUAAUCCGAGGCAUGGCGGGGUCUCCCAACAGCAGGCUCCAUGGUGACAGUGAGAGGGCCGUGUCAGACACCAGGGAGGCUAGAGAGGCCUACAGGGAGAACAAACGCAAACAGAGGCUCCCCCAGCAUCAGGAGCACAGUCUCAAUGCUGCUGCUCCGGCUAACAGAGGCAGCAGUAGCAGCAGUGGCAGCAGCAGUAAGGAUGAAGAGUGCAACAAGCUCAAGGAGCAGCUCCAGAGCAUGCAGAGACUCCUGAGACAGCUCCAGGAGAAGUUCUUGCAGGUUUAUAACCAGGAAGACACUGAGCGUGAGGACAGAGAUGGCACAGGCACAGCCAGCACUGCAAAACAUGAUGACACCACACCAAGCAAAGAGUCUGGGUUACGUAAAAACAUGGAUGAAGAGUUAGAGAGGAAGCAUGACGGAGCUAAAGGGGACUGUAAGGACAGAGUGAAGAAAGACGGAAGUUUUCUGACACAUCAAAAGGAAGGCAAGAACCUACAGGAGACUCUGAAGCAUGAGCUCUCCAAAGCGGUGAGUGACAGUGUAGAUAUGGUGUUCAAGAAACUCUCCUCCACGGGGCUCAACCAGUCAUCCUAUCAGCGCAUGUGUCACACCCCGGAGAACAUCGACUUGGGAGUUGAGAGGAAGAGCCAGGUAGCCUGUAACCAGGAGCAAUCACACACUGAGGAGCCAGUCAAACCCCAGGCUCUAGAGUACUACGAGAGCACUGAGCCUUGCAGCCCUGAGGAUCAGACCGAGGCUCUGUCUCUUGUGGUCCGUAAGCCGCUCCUAAGCCAGCUUAGCUCAGUUACCCCGACGGUGAAGAGGCCCUACCCCUUACACCAUUCUCCAUUCCAGUUUAACUACAGCACACCUCUCCAUGACAGUCAAAUCCUGGAACACCUCCUCAAAUACGGGCCCCACACUAACUUCGGAGGUCUCCCAUGCGUGCCCCCAUCCAUGGACAGAACCUCCCCAGACUCGGUGGAGCUGCCCUGGGAUGCCAUCGCCAUGAGGUCCAAAGUGACAUCCAGCCACCUGACCCACCACCCUCGCACAUCAGGCCUAGGACCAGUGACCGUGGACAGUCUGUGUCUCCCUCAUGUCAAGAUGGAGUGUGGGGACAUGCAGAGCAUGGCAGAGAGAAACUCCUACAUGUCUCUGAAUAUUCAGGAAGGCCUAACCCCCAACCAUCUGAAGAAAGCUAAGCUGAUGUUCUUCUACACCCGUUAUCCCAGCUCCAAUGUGCUGAAAACCUUCUUUCCAGAUGUCAAGUUCAAUCGAUGCAUCACCUCUCAGCUCAUCAAGUGGUUCAGUAACUUCCGGGAGUUCUACUACAUCCAGAUGGAGAAGUUUGCCCGCCAGGCCAUAGUUGACGGGGUCAAUGAUGUGAAAGACAUGUCCAUCAGCAGAGACUCUGAGCUGUUCAGAGCCCUCAACAUGCACUACAACAAAGCCAAUGACUUCCAGGUUCCUGAGAGAUUCCUUGAGGUUGCUGAAAUUACUCUCCAAGAGUUUUUCAACGCCAUUUCUACUGCCAAAGAUUCUGACCCCUCUUGGAAGAAGGCAAUCUACAAGGUCAUCUGUAAACUGGACAGUGAUGUCCCAGAUGAGUUCAAGUCAUCCAUCUGCCUAUAGACAGAGCAAACAAUAGCCAUGCUCGAGGAAUGAAGGACAUUUGCAGUCAUACAAUGACAAUAAGUGCUAAUUUUAACACAUCUUGCCAAUAAAUUGAGUUUAGUGAGAGAAUCAAGGAACAAAUGGAUUAUGUUGUAAAUGACAUAUUAUACACUGCAGUAUAGGAGCCUACUUACUGCACUUACAGCUUUUUACAGUCUCAGUGAUCUUUUAGAGCACUGCUCCAGCUCCCUCCUAGGAGUUUUUUAAAACUUAGCUGACAGCAGAUCGCAGUGUGUCUGUGUAUCUCCAUAAGGAUUCAAUUAAGACAAGAUGUAGUUGCAUGUUUGUAGAUGUAGUGAUAUUUAAGGGCAGUGGUUUAGUACUGUAGUGUACUUGCUAGGUCUGAUAGACUUACAAAUAAAUGUGAACAAAAUGGUACUUUCUAUACAUAUUUGACUUAUGGUUCCUAAUGGACAUGCGGUUUUGGAUGAUUCUGAGAGAAAGACAUACUGUGGUAAUAGUUUAUUUUUAUUUUGUAGCAAGUGUUUUAUGUAAAUGUGAAUACGCUAAAUGUAUUAACCUAAUAGCAUGUAAAUAUUGCAAAUGACCACAAAGAACCAAUUGUUUGAGAAAAAAUUGUAUGUACAAAAAAGUACAAAGUUAUGUUUAGAUGUUUUGUGCCUAUUUCUAUAGUCUAUUGCCUAUUGUCAACUCAAUUCUAUAGACACCAUAUUCUGAGUGGUUAUUUGAUAGUCCUGCUGAUAGAAUAAAGCUGCACUU